UAGAAAAUAGUUCAAGUGUACAGCAAACUGGAUCCACACAAUAUGCGUAAUUCCACACAAUACUCUUCCCUAAUAAAAGAGCAACGGCAACUGAAGAAAACUGAAACCAUACUCAAAUCAAUGAUCGAUAAAAUCAACCACGAAUUGAACCAACUGGUGGUUGAGGAGCUGCAAAUUAAAUCCCGCGAUAUACAACUUAGCGUUGAAACAGCAACUGCUAAAACUGUUAAACCAGUUCCUCUGAUGGAUGUGGCCACAUGCAGCACGAAAGAAAUCAAUCAACAAACGCUAAAUCUAGAAGUGCAGGACGAACGAAUACUGAAGUCAUUGGAAGAAUCUGAGGAGGAACUGUAGUUCGAUGAUAUGAUGAAAUCUUAUGAGUACUAUUUGAAUUUGAAAACUACUUUUGUACUAUGUUUUGCACUAUAUAGCCAUAUUUACUUAUAAAUUUAACAGUUAUCAUUGCA